AUGAAUAAUUCUGGUGAGGUUAUUAAAGAUGAGGAUUUAAAUUUAAUUUUUGAAAAAAUAUCAAGUGAUAAAACAUUAAAAGAAAUUCAGCUUAAUCAUGUUUGCGAUUGUAGAUGUAGUUGUUUUAAAGAAAUUGGAUUAGAUGUGGAAUCAUUUGGUAAAGCUAUUGAAAAGUUACUGUCAGAUUCAACUUUACUAAAAUCAAUUCGUUUGCUUCAGUUUACAACAGAUUUAGAUGACUAUAUUAUUAGAGGUUUAGUAAAAUGUAAAUCAUUAAAAACACUAUACAUAAAUGGUUAUGAUUAUGAUUCAUUUAGUUUCCCAUCAAUAAUUAAUAAUAUACUAUAUUCAAAUUCAUCAAUUAAACAUAUUAUAUUAGAUUCUUAUUCAAAUGAUGAGCUUGAAACUAAUACAACCAAUAUUAUAAAUGGUUUGGAUCAAUUAAUUGUCAAAUCAGAGCUUGAUAUUACCACCAACAUCAACAACAACAUCAGCAAUUUAUUGGGUUACAGUGAAAGUUUUAAUAAUAAUUUUGAAUUUUAUUCAAUAACAAUUACAUUAAAUUUUAAUUUUUAUAAUUCUAUUUUGAAUUAUUUAAAAAAUUAUAGUUUUAGAGUUAACGAAUUCUUUUUAAUAUUUUCAAAUCCUGAGAAAUAUCCAAAACAUCACAAAUUUACUCAAUUUAAAUUAAAUAAUUCUGUUAUUAAUAACAGAAUUAUUUUAAAAAAUCAAGUAAAAAAGCUUGGUUUUUUUUUUUUUUAUAGAGAUGACGUGGAGAAAUUUCUUUAUUUUCUUAAAAAACUUUUUUUUUAUUUUAUUUUAUUUUAUUUUAUUUUUUUUAUAAUAGAUUUAACAAAAUUUCAUAAAAAAAAAAACACUAUAAUAGUUUUAUUUUUUUCUUUUUUUUUUUUUUUCUUUUUCAUUAUCCAAAUGACUUUAUUACCCAAUUAUUUAUAUAAAAAUAUAUUAAUAAAUGUUAUAACCUAUCUAUAUAAAAAUGAAACAAUAAAAAAAUUGUAUAAUCUUGGUAUCAAUAAAUAUAAUAAUAAUGAAAUAAUAUUAUAUGCCACAGUUUCAAAAGAUUGGUUUGAUAUUAUCACAUCAACAUUACCACACUUUAUUAAUAAAUAUAAUUUUGAUAUAUUAAAGCCUUUAAUUAAUUUUAAUGCUAAUGAAAAUGAACAAAAUAAUAAUCAAAAAUUAAUUAAAACUCAAGAUUUAAAAUUCGCUAAAAAAACUUUAUUUUUUUCUAAAUAUUUGGAUUUAUUAAAUCCUACAACUCAACAAGAAAAUGAAGUUGUAAUUCAAGUUAAUGCUGAAAAUGAAGUUGUGAAUCAAGCUAAUGCUGAAAAUGAAGUUAAUAAUGCAAAUGAUGUAAUUGAAGUAAAUUUAAAAGAAAUUGAAGAAAAAAAACAAGAAAAAGAAAGUUUAGAUUAUUUUAAAAAUCUAGUACUUAGAGAAUUUGAUGUUGAAGAAUCAUACAAUUUUCGAUUUUUUUUAAGUUUGGAUAGAGAACAUUUUGUUUAUAAUAAAAUCCAUACGAUUACUGAUAAAGAAACCUUAAAGAAAAUUUUUUUCCUAAAUUUAAAUUGUGAUUUUUUGGAUGAAUUAUCAUUAAAUAAAUUUUUCAAUUUAAAUAUUAGAAAGAAAUCCUUUCAACAUUUACCUGAAGAAGAAUAUAAAUUUGAAAAUUUCACUUUUAAUUUCGUUUUUAAAAGCUUUAAAAAUUCUUCAAAUCAAAUUAAUUUAAAUUAUUUAUUUCCAAAUUUAAAUUUUAAUAAUAAUAAUAAUAAUAAUAAUAAUAGCAAUAAUGAUAUCCAAAGUCCACAAACAAAUAAAAAAGUUAUUUUAAAUAAUAUCAGUAUAAAUGAUAUGUUAAAUAUAUAUAAUAACCCAAAUGAUAAUAAUAAUAAUAAUAAUAAUAAUACUAACAAUAACAAUAACAAUAACAAUAACAACAAUAUUAAUGUUGAUAAUGAUAAUAAUAAUAAUGAAAACAAUAAUAAUAAUAAUAAUGAAAAUGAUAAUAAUAAUAAUGAUAAUAAUAAUAAUAACAAUAAUAAUGUUGAUCAUGAUAAUAAUAAUAUUAAUAUUAUUAAUCAAAAUGAUAAUAAUAAUGAAAAUAAUAAUAAUAAUAAUAAUAAUAAUAAUAAUAAUAAUAAUAAUAAUAAUAAUGAUAAUGAUAAUGAUAAUGAUAAUGAAAAUGAAAAUGAAAAUGAAAAUGAAAAUGAAAAUGAAAAUGAAAAUGAAAAUGAAAAUGAAAAUGAAAAUGAUAAUAAUGAAAACAAUAAUAUUAUAAAAGACGAAGAUUUAAAUUUUAUUUUUAAUAAAUUAUCAAAUGAUCAUACAUUAAGAAAAAUUGAUAUUAAUCAUAUUUGUGAUAAAGGUAGUUGUCGUUGCUUUGAAAAAAAUGGUUUAACAUUAGAAUCAUUUGGUGACAAGAUUGAAAAAUUACUUUCAAGUUUAAAAUCAGUUAAAACAACUAAAUUAUAUUCAUAUUCGUCAAGAUUAGAUGAUUAUAUUAUUAGAGGUUUAUCAAAUUGUAAAUCAUUAAAAACACUUUAUUUAAGUGGUUAUAAUUUUGAUUCUUUUGAUUUUUCAUCAAUAAUCGAUAGAUUAAUACUUUCAAAUUCAUCAAUUAGUCAUAUUUUAAUAGAUUCUUAUUUGGAUGAGGAAUUUGAUCAUUUAAUGGAAAUAACUAAUAUUACAAAUGCUUUACUUCGAUUGGCAACAGAUAGAGAAGAAAAUACCAACAACUCUUCAGAUUAUAGUCAAAGUUUGAAUAAUAAUAAUAAUAAUAAUAAUAAUAAUAAUAAUAAUAAUAAUAAUAAUAAUAAUAAUAAUAAUAAUAAUAAUAAUAAUAAUAUUAAUAAUUUUGAAUUAUAUUCAAUUACAAUUCAAUUAAAUUUUAAAUAUUAUGAUAUUAUUAUUGAUAAUCUAAAAAACUAUAAUUAUAGAGUUAAGGAAUUCUUUUUAAUAUUUCAAACUUCUGGCAGAGAAAGAGAAUCAGAAUAUCGCCAAAUUAAAGCAAAUAACUCUGUUAUCAAUGUUUUCAUUUUCACUGUUUUAACUGACGGAUGA